AUUGGGGGGAUAUGUACGCCGCACACAGCGGCUCUGCAGUUUCUCUGGAUCUCUGGAACGGACAUGAGAGCCGAUGGCUGACCGCGGUUAGAGCUGGACAGAUUUGGAAAGGGGUUUAGCGACCAAGGGAAGGAAAAGACGCCACAUUUGAGACUUUUUAACAUCGAGGACAACAACGUUCACGUUCUUUUUAAAGAGUCAGCAUCCCUUUCUGUUCUCCUCUGAGUAGGCCUUGGGCCUGAUCGACCCUGACAGCCAUGGUACUGAUCCUGGGAAGACGGCUGAACCGGGAGGACUCUGGGACACGCGAGUCUCCUGCGGUCAAGCGCAAAGUCCUGGAGAUGGACUCCAAGACACUGAGCGGCCACGAUGUCUUCGACUUCUCCUCCGGCCCCUGCCACGCCGAGAGCGUUCUGCAGAUGUUUGACGAGUUCCGUGAUGGCCGCCUCUUCACCGACGUGGUGAUCAGCGUGGAGGGCCGUGAGUUCCCGUGCCACCGUGCUGUGCUCUCAGCUUGCAGCAGCUACUUCCGUGCCAUGUUCUGUAACGACCACCGCGAAAGCCGCGAGAUGCUGGUGGAGAUCAAUGGCAUCCGUGCCGAGGCCAUGGACACCUUCCUGCAGUACGUCUACACUGGCCGUGCACGCAUCACCACUGACAACGUACAGUUCCUCUUCGAGACAUCCAGCCUCUUCCAGAUUGGUGCUCUGCGCGAUGCUUGUGCCAAGUUCUUAGAGGACCAGCUGGACCCGUGCAACUGCCUGGGCAUCCAGCGCUUCGCUGAUGCCCACUCGCUCAAGCAGCUGGCCAGCCGCUGUCGCACCUAUGCCCUGCAGAGCUUCGGUGACGUGGCACAGCAUGAGGAGUUCCUGGACCUCCGGCGCGACGAGCUGGAGGAGUACAUCGCCAGUGACGAGCUGGUGAUCGGCAAGGAGGAGAUGGUGUUUGAGGCGGUGAUGCGCUGGGUCUACCACGACGUGGAGCACCGGCGCGGAAUGCUGCGUGAGCUACUAAACCACGUGCGCCUGCCCCUGCUGCACCCCAACUACUUCGUGCAGACGGUGGAGGGGGACCAACUGAUCCAGAACGCACCAGAGUGCUACCAGCUGUUGCAUGAAGCCCGACGUUACCAUGUACUGGGAAAUGAGAUGAUGUCGCCCAGGACUCGACCACGCAGGUCCACGGGUUUCUCAGAGGUCAUCGUGGUGGUGGGUGGCUGUGAGAGAGUGGGAGGCUUCAACCUGCCUUACACCGAGUGCUAUGACCCCGUGACCGGAGAGUGGAAAUCACUGGCCAAACUUCCCGAGUUCACCAAGUCCGAGUACGCAGUGUGUGCCCUCCGCAACGACAUACUCGUGUCAGGUGGACGCAUCAACAGCAGGGACGUGUGGAUGUACAACUCUCAACUGAACAUCUGGAUCCGUGUGGCCUCGCUCAACAAGGGCCGCUGGAGACACAAAAUGGCUGUGCUGCUGGGCAAGGUGUAUGCUGUGGGUGGCUUUGACGGUCAGUCUCGCCUCAGCAGCGUGGAGUGCUACGACUCCUUCUCCAACCGCUGGACGGAAGUGGCUCCCAUGAAGGAGGCGGUCAGCUCCCCCGCUGUGGCCAGCUGCGUCAACAAGCUCUUCGUCAUCGGCGGAGGCCCAGAUGACAACACCUGCUCUGAUAAGGUCCAGUGUUAUGACCCGGAGUCAGACAGCUGGUUGCUAAGGGCCAACAUCCCCAUCGCUAAGCGCUGCAUCACAGCCGUAUCCCUCAGCAACCUCAUCUACGUGUCCGGAGGCCUGACCAAAUCCAUCUACUGCUACGACCCCACAGAGGACUACUGGAUGCAUGUGGUCCACACCUUCAGUAAACAGGAGAGCUGUGGCAUGUCUGUGUGUAACGGGAAGAUAUUUAUCCUGGGAGGUCGAGGUGAAAGUGGAGAGGCGUCGGACACCAUCCUGUGCUACGAUCCUUCCACCGGCAUCAUCACUGGUGUGGCGGCAAUGCCCCGGCCCAUCGCCUACCACGGCUGUGUCACCAUCCACCGCUACAACGAAAAGUUCUACCACACAUGACACCAAACCUAAACCCCUGCCUCUCCCACACACACACACACACACACACACACACACUCAUGCACACAAACACAGGCCUUACUGCAGGGAUGAGAUAAGCUGAGCCGAUGGUAGCACCUGUGUGUCCCUACAGGCUCUCCAGGCUGACCACGGGCUGGAGUUCGAGCAGACCCGCUUGUCAAACCCAUUACUGCACAGCAUCCAGCUCCAUACGUAGCUUUUUCUGAAAAAUAAUGUAUUAUUUAUCUGAAUCUAUGCUAAUUACAUCCUCACACUUCCACACCAAUAACGUAACAAAUCCAAACACAGCUUACUGAUAACAUCAGUGUAUACACACGCCACAACUGUCAGAGAGGCCAUGACAAACUCGCUAACAGGGUUAGCCUCUCUGGUGUCUUUGACCUGUGACCCAGGACCCCUCCCUCUUUAUGGGGGUCCUCCACUAUCAGGCAAAUGCCUCCAUUUGUUCUUUUUACUAUGAUUAUUUUUGUUAUUAUAUUACUCUCCUUAUUUUAUUGUCAUUUUGCUAUUUUAUUACAGCGUAUGGUGUUCGUGUUGAUUUUUGUGAAUGGGUGAAUGGUAUGCUAGGUGGAUGUAUGGUGUGUGGAGCCUCUGAGAGGGCAUUGACUUGCAUGGGACGUUGUAAGCAAAAGUCGAUUGGACUUUGUCGACGUGUUUUUUUUUUUCAAUUAACAAGUGUUUUUUUAGCUACUUUUACUUUGUGUUCGCAUUGUGUGCUUUCAAGCGAGCACAAAUUGGUGUCAGUAGCACUUUUAGUAUUUUGUGUGGCUUCAAUGACAUUUACUCAGCACUGCACUCUGUGUGUUUUCAGGAAAUAACUGAAGAAAUUUAACAGGACAGAUCCGUAGGUCUUCGCGUGUCAUACUUACGUGUAUACCCGCUCAUGAUAUCCAGCCGUGAAGAGUAUUCAUGUUUGUUAUUCAUGUCUGGUGACGAUCCAUUCAACAGAUUUACUCAAUUUUAUGCCCAGUAACUGUGUGGUGCAUUCUGCCAGUUGGUGUGGAUUGUAAUGUCAGGGCCAUGUUUAUGAGUGCAUCAUUAUUUGUUCGUUUUCUUGGACGUAUCUCGUUCGUUUGAUGUUUAACUUAUUCAUUCUUGGUGAAAGUUGGUGAGCCCCAACGAGGCACUUUUUUUUCUCCCAUUGCUCCCGUGUCCUUUUGUAAAUAUGAAUUAGAUCUUUCUUUGUUUUACUGUAUCAGUAAGUACAGCAGCCUUGCAUCAAAACAAAAGGCCAAUACCUCUUCAAAUCUCACAGUUCACACAAGCACUACUCUGCUUUGAAAGGGAAUUUCACCGCUUUUUAAUAAAUGUUGCAUAAUGCAGUGGCUGAUAUGUAGACAAUGCCAUUCAGAGUGGUUUAAUAUUAAAUGAUUCAACUCUGAUUCAUUUACAGUGGUGGUUUACAGGAACCAGGGGUUGCAACGUCUACAAAGCAAAUAUAGCCAUUUGAUUUACUAUCCAAAACAACCACUGAACCUACACGUGUCCUCUGAGUUUUUUAUGUGAUGUUAAUGAUGGUGAAAUAGUGGUGAAUCUGAAAAAAUAAGUUUUCUUUGGGGACUGUUUUGCCUCACAACGCCCUCUCUGUACCUCUCUGCUUUGAAUGGAUGCAAAAAAUAGGUUUUAGGUCAAAACGUUCUCAAAAUUAUCAUAAAAUAAUGUCUCAGGAAUUAGACUGGGUAUUCAUAAUCAUUACACGUAGUAACUUUUUGUGAGGGAGCUUUUAGAGGUGGAUGUCCGGUUCCCUAUCACCACCACUGUGAACAACUCUGAUGUGAACGAUUUCACACCAAACCACUCUGAGUGGCUUUGUUUACAUCUCAACCAUUUAAUUAUACAGGUAUUGUGAAAUAUAGGUGGAAGUCCCAGUCACUCUAGCCGUGUGUACAUAGUGCACAGAAAGAGAUGUAGCAGUUAAUAAUAGAGAGAGAGAUGACUUUUGAGUGUGUGUGUGUCUUAGUUUCAUGGACCAUUUACUCUGUCAGGGUUGUCUGCGCUCAUUCAGAAAGGUUUUCACUGUCUUUAUAUCAACCCAAAUCUGUAAGGUUAAGGACGUGAUUGUCUAAUGACAUAUCAAGCAGUAUUUGACUCAACCUGGAAUUCUUAAGGAACUGACCAAGUCCACACACGUUCUUUUGUAGAUGCUGUUGCAAGGUUGGUGAAAAUCCCAUUCACUCUAAUGAAAAUAGGUUAAAGCUUAGAUUUGUCCUGUGGGGCGCCAAGUUGUCAAUUUAUCGGUCAUUAUCGAUGAGGGCACUCUGCGCUCUGAUCCUUAAUCUGAAACUCCAGUCCUGGUUUUACUCUAUUUACCUGUGUGUCACAUGGGUGUAAAACACAAUCAGAAACAGAGUUUUUCAUUCUUAAUGUUAGCUUAAUGCUAAGUCGUUGCGAUGUCUUUCCAUACAGUCGACUUUUUAAAGAUGGAAAAAACAGAUACGAUUUCUAACACGCUGAAAAAUAACUGCGACAGACUUAUCAUUCUUUGACUAGUUUGACUCAAAACAACUUUUUUUUGUUGUUGUCUGUAAAACUUGGCCUUUGUCGCCCCCUCUGGCACAACUGAAAACUGCCCUAGAUAUAUUGAAUAUGAUGCUUUAAAUUACCCAUGGAUUUAAUUAAUGAACAUAUCAAUAUUAACAUUGAGUUUACAAUUAAAAUGCUACGCUACCGAGCUGGACUUUUUGCUGACGCUAAUCAAAACUAGGCAAAUUGGAAACAACAACGAAUUUGCCACCUUGCUAACGUUAUGUUGAUUUCACACAUUGCAUGUAUUAAUGUAACCUUUCACUCGCAAACAAAAUUUCUGAAAUUAAUAACACAUUUUUGACAAAAUGCUACAGUUUCUUAUUUUGAAUGGGAUUUUUGUUUGACCAGCCUAGCAACAUGCUAUGAAAGAAUGUGUUUGUGGGCAGAGCAUGGCUCGGUUAACGGAGGGGCCUUAUAUACAGACAUCAGAAACUAACACGGCCUUGGCUAUUCCGCUUCUGUUAUUAUUAUUAGAAUUAUUGUAGGUGUUGUUUAGGUUACUGUCAUUGCUGUUUUUGGUGUAUGGAGUUAUGAGUGUAUCGUUUAAUAUUUUUGAGUGAACAGAUGCUGACGAGUGUGUUUUAGUGGAAAUCUUUUGCAAACAUUUUUUAAAUGUUUCACAGAUAGAGAGCCUUGGAACUGUCAGAGGUUGAACUGCGCAUGUGAAAAAAUGUCAUGAUAUAUCUCUUAUACUCAUUGUUUUGUUCAAAUUUGUCAUUUUUCUCAAGUCAUGUGAGAAAAUAGAUGUUGGCAAACGCAAAAUAGGGAAAACUUCACCAGAAGUGCAUUAUAAUAUCUGAUAUGCACCUGGAAAUAAACCAAAGAUUUUUGCCUCCUGUUGUUCCAUAUUGUGUGAUAUUGUGAACAAGAGAAACAGUGAGUGUUUUUGUUUAUUGCUUUAUAUAUGUGGAAAGCCAUCACUCUUCUUUCUUCUUUUAUACUGGAGUGAUUGAAAUGUAUGAAUGCUCUGUAAGGCGUCAAUGUACUGAACUUGAAAUUGCCUUAAUAAAGUUGUUUUUCAUAUGGCUUUGUAA